AGGAGCAUUGUAUGAGUUAGUAACUAAUCAUACAUUAAUUAUUGGAAGAAAAUUAUUUACUAUUUACGAAAAUCUUCCAUAUGCAGCUUUCCUCAAUAUUCCUUACGCAUCACCUCCAUUAGCUGAUUUAAGAUUUAAGGCUCCAAAAGGACCUCAUAUAAUAUAUAAAGGUGGUAUAUACGAUUUUAGUAAAGAGUAUAUUGCCUCAAGUGCUCUACUAAAUGAAGAUUUAACUUUGUCUGUGUAUAUGCCAAUUUCCAAUGAAAAGAAUAAAAGUUUUUCAAUUGCCGUGUGGGUUUAUGAAGGCUCUUAUGCCCACGGACCAGAUUUUUUAAUUGAAGAAGAUAUUUUAGUAGUUAUAGUAAAUUUUCGGACAUCAAUAUUGGGUUUUUUGAAUACCGAUGAUGAAUUUUCUAAAGGAAACAUGGGAGCUAAAGAUGUAGUGGUGUGCUUAAAAUGGAUAAGGUCAAAUAUAUAUUUAUUUAAUGGUGAUUUAAAUAAAGUUACAGUAAUUGGAUCAGGUGAUGGAGCUUAUGUUGUAUCGUUUCUGUUGGUGUCUAGUGCUGCUGAAGAUCUAUUUAAAAGAGUCAUAAUUCAUGGUGGUAGUGCUCUGUCACCAGUAGAUUAUGGGAAUCAUAAUCUUAAAGUUAUCAAUAAAUUGCACCAACGAUUGUAUGGGAAUUCAAACAAAAUUAACAAAGAAAAUCUUUAUGGGUUUCUCAGCACAGCGCCUGUCGAAAUAUUGAUGGCAAUAUCUCAUGACCUUUUCGAUAGCACCGAAAUAAGAGACAGGCAACGACUAACAAGGGCAUUUGGGUGUACUGUUGAAAAAGAUAAAAAGAACUCUUUUAUUAACGAACAUCCCUUGGGCGUAUAUAAAAGUAAAUUAGCAAAUUAUGACGUAGAUGUCAUUUUUGGAUAUUGUAAUUAUGAUGCAUUAUUAAAAUUAAAAGAUUUUAUUAAAAGAAGAAUACUUUUGAAAUAUUUGAAUUUUAAUUUUCAAUACCUCUUACCAUUCUUUGGAGGUGCAGAUGAGUAUGAUUCAAAGAGAUAUAAAAAUAUACUGAAGCGAAUAAAGGAUUUUUAUUUUAUUAAUAGUACAAUAACAGACCAUAGUUUAAGACGUUAUGUCAAGUAUCAUACCGACCAAGUUGUUUAUCCUCUAAUCCGACAAGCUCGGCUACAAAGCACACAUUCAAAAGAUGUAUAUUUAUAUAGAUUUUCUUUUAAUGGUUGCUUUAAUAUUAAAUGGACGUCUCUACCAAAAUUAAACUGGUCAGGUGCUACAGCCGGAGAUGAAAUUUGUUAUCAAUUCAAAUGCAAAUCUUUGGUUGAUGAAUACGAUAGCCCGGAAGCUGUAAUUGAAAAACGAUUUAUAAAAAAAAUGACAAAACUUUUAACAAAUUUUAUUAAAUUUGGAAAACCUACACCAAAAAUUAAAGAUAAUACACAAGAAGGAUUGAUUUGGGAGCCUCUACGCGUUAACCAAACAAUAAGGGUUCUAAGUAUGGGUAAAACUUUCAAAAUGGUAAACUUGCCUGAACAAAAACGGAUUAACUUUUGGGACAAAUUAAAGGAAGAUUUAUUUCAAGACGAUGCGUGAUGAGAUAGCUACAUGUAUGAACAUAUUUACUAUAUAAGGAAAUUUAGAGAAUCAACAACUGUAGUAAAUGUUUGCAUGUAUGAAUGUAAAAGAGUUAAGACAGGUGUGCCAGGAUCCCGAAAUAUUGAAAUCCAUAGUCUGCUUACCUAAUGGGUUACUGGAAUGAGUUUGGUUGUAAUAAAAAUGUAUCAUGUUUCAGAUAUGAAUAUUAAUUUCAGUUCUAGGUAUUAGUGAAAUUAUCGUUUUAUGUAUUAUGUAGAAUACGAAAAGGAAAUGCUUUCAACAAAUUUUAAUUAAAAUUCAGUUUCGCUUGCAUUUAAUAUUUUAAAUGUACUGAUGUAAUUAUUUUCGUCGGCACAGGGUAAGCGAUUCAGAAAACUCUGAACCAA